AGUUCCGACUAGCUAGCACAACCACGUCCACACGUCAGAGAGCGAUGUCAAAAUAGAGGGAAAUAAAGAAAAUAAUUUGGGGGGACAAAAGAGAGAGGAACUAUGAAGCGCUGAGAUUGCAGCGAUUUUUCCCACCAACAUCUGGAUUUGAGUUUUUGAACAGAUUUGUAAGAUUAUAUAUAUUUUUUUUACAUGUAUUUAAAUAUUUUUUUCUACCACAAAGGAUUUGUUGUGUAGAACUUGAAGUGUGGCAAGAAAGUAUCCAUGAGGGCAGAUUAGUGGCAUAUUAUUUUGUUUUUUAAAGAUCAUCCCGACGGAUUAUAAUUGAUAACGUGGAAAACCAAUAGAAGCAAUCCCGUUGUGAGGUUCUCUAUAUCUCUUCCUUUUUGGGUAACUCGCAUAUAUAGAGGAAUGUUACCCCGGCUUGAGAAGGUGAUCCAGCUCCUGACGCUGGCGUGCGGACUGUUCUUUGGAGUUGUUUCAACGGAAAACGAAGUAAAAGCAGAGGUGUGGCUUCAGCAGUAUGGCUACCUGCCUCCAGGGGACGUCCGGGCCCAGGCUAUCCGCUCCCCCAAGUCCAUCAAUACGGCCAUCACAGCCAUGCAGAAGUUCUACGGCCUCACCGUCACCGGCUCUAUGGACACCAACACCCUACAGGCGAUGAAGCGGCCGCGUUGUGGCGUACCAGACAAGUUUGGAUCUGAGCUGAAGAGCAACCUGAGGAGGAAGAGAUACGCCGUACAGGGGCUGAAGUGGGACAAACAAGAAGUCACUUUCAGCAUACAGAACUACACCCCUAAGAUUGGGGAACACGCCACAUACGAGGCUAUCCGCCGGGCAUUUAAGGUGUGGGAGGCAGCCAUCCCUCUCCGCUUCCGUGAGAUCCCUUACAGCCACAUCAGGGACAAGGUCGACAAGUACGCUGACAUCAUGCUCUCGUUCUCUGAGGGUUUCCACGGCGACAGCACGCCGUUCGAUGGCGAGGGCGGCUUCCUGGCCCACGCGUACUUCCCCGGGAACGGGAUAGGGGGCGACACGCACUUUGACAACGCCGAGCCCUGGACUACCGGCUACGCCGACCAAGGGGGUAAUGAUGUGUUCCUGGUUGCGGUCCAUGAGUUGGGUCAUGCCCUGGGUCUAGAACACUCCAACGACCCGUCUGCCAUCAUGGCUCCAUUCUAUCAGUGGAUGGACACAGAGAACUUCCAGCUGCCUGAUGACGAUCGCCGCGGCAUCCAGGCAGUCUAUGGGUCGUCCGGAGCUCCUCCCCCUCCCCCCCGCCCCACCAGACCCUCCAAACCAGACCACCCCGGACACGGACCAGAUGUCUGUGAGGGACACUUCGACACCAUCGCCAUCCUCAGGGGGAGAUGUUUCUAUUUUCAGGAUAAGUGGUUGUGGCGUGUUCGGAACAACAAGGUGCUCCAGGGUUACCCCAUGCCCAUCGGUCACUUCUGGAAGGGACUGCCACCAAACAUCAACGCUGCCUACGAGAGGAACGAUGGCAAAUUUGUAUUUUUCAAGGGUGACAAGUACUGGGUGUUCACAGAGUCCAGUAUGGAGCAGGGUUACCCUAAGACUCUGAAGGAGCUGGGCACAGGGCUGCCCAAAGACAAGCUGGACGCUGCCCUCUUCUACACCCCCACCGGACAGACAUACUACUUCCGAGGGACCAAGUAUUACCGUUUCAAUGAAGAGUCCCAGACUGUGGACAGAGACUACCCCAAACCCAUCAACACAUGGCAGGGUGUCCCCGACAACAUUAAGGCUGCCAUCAUGAGCGAAGAAGGAUCCUACACCUACUUCUACAAAGCCAACAAGUACUGGAAGUUCAACAACCAGCACAUGAGGGUGGAGUCGGGCUACCCCAAAUCAGUGCUCAGCGAAUGGAUGGGUUGCGCGGGGGAGGAGCCUAAGAAGCGGGACGGCGAGGAGGAAGUGAUCAUCAUCGAGGUGGAGGAGGGAGAAGGCGGGGCCACGGCGGCGGCCGUGGUGAUCCCUCUCCUCCUAUUGGUCUGCGUGGUCCUCACUCUGGGAGCCCUGCUGUUCUUCAGGAAGUACGGGACACCACGACGUCUCCUCUACUGCCAGAGAUCUCUACUGGACAAGGUCUAGAGACCAACUGAACGAAUGAAGAAUGCAGAGGAACAGAAAGAGAGAGAGCGACUGAAUGAAUUGAAAGAUUGAAAGAAAAGGGGGUUUGGGAGGGUAAGGGUAGGGAUGAGGGUGAGUAAAGUAGGCUGAAAGGAGUUGGGGUUUUAAAAAAGAAGGGGUAAUGGAAGGGCUGUUGGACAUGGGGUUUGGUUGGUUGGUUCGUAUACAGCCCAGAAGACGAGAAAGAGGGAGAGGGACAGGGAAGAGGGAGGAGAGAGAGUCAAUCAGGAAAGACAAAAGUAUGUUAUCUAUUUACAUGUACAGCUCUGCGAGUUUGAAAUUAGGAACAGGCCCCUACACAAAACACAGAGGAAGGGAAUUAUUAGAUGAUGAUCGUGAUCAACGUUCCGUGUGGUCGACACCCCAUCUGCAAUAAAUCUACUGUCACGUCUCCAUGUGUCCUUCCAUUCUAUCCCUUCUCAUUCUUCCUCUCCUAAAAUCUCCAUCCCAUCUACUUGACGACUCCAGCUGAACUGCUGUCUGAAUAUACAUUUGAAACCUUUAUACAGCUACUUUGCGCUUUCAUUUUUGGUUUCGCUCUAAUGAUGAAACCCAGGGCCGAACACAAACAAACGAACAGCUCUCUCUUCCUUUUCUCCUACCACUGAGAGAAGACACUAACCCCAGUCUCUCACUGUGCUCACGCUAGCACCAUGGUCUUAUAGUUGUGGUUGUAUUGCGAGGAGCAUGCUAUGGGCACUACCCUCGCCGCUAAUGAGAUGAUAAAGGGGUAGAUGUGAAGGUGUUGUAUAUUGUACACCCCUCCUGCCUUGAGUCAUAGUGAGAAAGGCUAAGGUCUUGUCAUAGAGGGUCAAAGACUGUUUGUAUCCUAAAAAAAAAGCUUCCCCACCCAGUUUACAAAUGUAUCUGAAAUCGCACAGGCCCUUGGUACAGAGCCUGGUCUCAGUAAGCAGUCAAAGUUGGAUGGAAUUAAAGUAGCCAUUUUGGCUCAACAAUAAAGCCAGUGGCUCAACAAUAAAGCCAGUUUCAAUAUUACUCCAUGGAAAGGCAGUGAAGUUUCAUUACAUGUCACCCCAUUCCAAAUACUAAUGUAUUAUCGUGUUUGUUAUGUUUUUGUUACUAUCAUUGUUAUAAAUGUUGUUGUUAUUAUUAUGACUAUGGUUAUUAUUAUUAUUGUUGUUGUUCUCCAGGUGUAGUCGUACAGUAAAUGAUGUUUGUUGUUUUUGUACAUUGUCAUUUCGAGUCCUGCUGGACAGAGACAAUAACGUGACAAAGAUAAUCAAAAUGGCUCCCAAAUUUCACAUUUGAUGGUGGACUUGGGCGACUUUGAAAGUGUUUCCUUUUCUGAAACACUACUUUUCCCAUUGCUUGGUUGGCAUAUAAGAACAAUCAAACAAAACUAUUUAUAAGCAAUUCUGAUGAUGCUUAAUGUUUUUAAGUAUUACACAAAUUGAAAAAUGAAGUAGAAUUGUUAAUAACAAUGAUAACGGUAAUGAUAUUUAUAAUGAUAAUGAUAUCAAUUUAAAAAAAAAAAGGGAAUUAGAUUGUUUUGCCUGUUUCACCUUUUUGCAUUUCAUGAGUUAAAAUUAAAUAAAAAAUAUUUUCUAAAAUGA